AGUUAUACAACGGCAGAUACGAGGGUUUUGUAAUCCUAGAAGCCUAUAAAACACCUGUUCAGUAUCCCUCCCCUCAGUCUGUCUCUCGGCACGCAUCUUCAUAGUGCACGUCAGAAUGGCGCCGAAAGUCGUGUUGGCUGCUGCUUUGUGCUCUGUCCUGUCCGCAGCCUCUGGGCGGGUCGCUCCCCGGCUGGAGAUCGGAGAGUGUGCCGAGUUCAUCAGCAAACCCGAGUUCAAUUUGCCGGAGUAUCUGGGUCGGUGGUACGAGAUCCAGAAGUUCGACAACCCCUUCCAGCUGGGCAUGGAGUGCGUCACAGCAGACUACACUCCCAUCGACUCGUCCUCCAUCAACGUGUACAACAACGGCGUGGACAGCGACGGAAGCUUCAUCGGCAUCGUCGGCAACGCGUCUCUGAUCGAUCCGAACUUCCCGGCAGAAUUCGAGCUCAACUUCUCGGGUCGUCCGGCCGGGCGUUACAACGUCCUGGAGACUGAUUACGUGACUUUCAGCGCUGUGUAUGCUUGCACGCAGCUGGACAUCUUCAAGCAGGAGUUCGCGUGGGUGCUCGCCAGGACGCCCCAGCUGACCCCCGAAGUCCUGCAGCAGGCCAAGGACGUCUUUGCUGCCUUCGACAUCGACGUCACGAAUUUCCAGCCAACGGACCAAGGGGAAACCUGCGUCUACACCAAUCCACCUGAAUACUAAUUGAUGUAGGAGUUCCGUAUAAGCGAGAGACGUAGAAGUUGGGUUUAUUAUUUAUUAUAGGCGAGUGAUGUAGAAGAGGUUGGCUUUAUUAUUUGUAUUGCGAAGUUCUCCCGUGUUAUUUGAGAACUUACUUAACGUUUGGCAUAUAUGAGUAGGAUAGCGAACCUUGAUGUAGCUAAAUGUUUGGUGAAAACAGAACUUAUGUAUUUACGUGUUAUUUAUUGAAAUAAAUUAUUUUCGAUUCUAUG